UUCCCCACAGCUAUGACAGACGCCACACGGCUAGCUGUUUCGAAAACGAAACUGGCUCGUGUAUGACUCCCGACUUCGAGAGGCUGCCAAAGAAAAACGAAAACGAGACGGGUAUUAGAUUAAAAAAAAAUAAUAAAAAUCCCGGGAUAGGCUGCGGAGGUGGAGGAACCAAACGCUGGUAAUGUUGAGUAAAUACCACAGCUGGAGAGGACGUACUGCACUGCAAUGGAGUCUGUAGCAGUGGUCUCCGCUACCUGGUGAGACGUAAGCUGCCGUCACUAUGGCGCACUUUGACACAGAGUACCAGCGCCUGGAGGCGUCCUACAACGACUCUCCGCCUGGAGAAGAGAACCUGCUGAUGCACGUGCCUGAGGGAGCCAAAUCCCAAUGGCACCAUAUAGAAAACCUGGACCUGUUUUUCCAGAGAGUCUAUAAUCUGCACCAGAAGAAUGGAUUCACAUGUAUGCUGCUGGGAGAGAUCUUUGAGCUGGUUCAAUUGCUGUUUGUGGUCGGCUUCACGGUGUUCCUGGCUAACUGUGUGGACUAUGACAUACUCUUCGCCAAUAAGUUUGUAAAUCACACCGAUUCAUCUAAAGUCACCUUGCCCGAUGCCUUCCUCCCGGUGGAUGUCUGCAGUGCCCGUAUCCGAGACAAUGCGUUUGUGAUCUUCGUGUUGAUAAUCUCUGGGGUGUUUUGGCUACAUCGCCUGGUCAAAUUCAUCUACAACGUCUGCUGCUACUGGGAGAUCCGAUCCUUCUACAUCAACGCACUCAAGAUGACCAUGUCAGAACUUCCCUAUGCAACAUGGCAGGAGGUUCAGGCCCGGAUAGUGGAGAUCCAGAAGGAGCACCAGAUCUGCAUCCAUAAAAAAGAGCUGACAGAGCUUGACAUUUACCACCGCAUCCUCCGCUUUAAAAACUACAUGGUGGCCAUGGUGAAUAAAUCACUCCUUCCUGUGCGAUUUCAACUUCCUGCACUUGGGGAGUCUGUGUUCUACACCCGGGGUCUCAAAUACAACUUUGAGCUCAUCUUCUUUUGGGGGCCAGGCUCUCUGUUUGAGAACGAGUGGAGCCUGAAAUCAGAGUACAAGAGAGGAGGUAACAGGCUUGAGCUGGCUGACAGGCUAGCAUCCCGUAUCCUGUGGAUUGGGAUUGCCAACCUGCUGCUGUGUCCAGUCAUUCUGGUGUGGCAGAUUCUCCACGCCUUCUUUAGUUAUACAGAGGUGAUCAAGCGAGAGCCUGGUUCUCUGGGAGCGAGGUGCUGGUCUCUGUAUGGUCGAUGUUACCUGCGGCACUUUAAUGAGUUGGACCAUGAGCUCAUGUCACGCCUCAGCAAAGGAUACAAGCCUGCAUCCAAGUAUAUGAACUGUUUCCUCUCGCCACUGCUGACGGUGGUUGCCAAAAAUGUAGCGUUCUUUGCCGGGUCUCUUCUGGCCGUCCUCAUCGCCCUGACUAUCUAUGACGAGGACGUUCUCGCGGUGGAACAUGUCCUCUCAUCGAUCACUCUGCUCGGAGUGUGUAUCACAGUCUGCAGAUCAUUUAUCCCAGAUAAGCACAUGGUGUUUUGUCCUGAGCAGCUGUUGAGGGUUAUCCUGGCUCAUAUCCACUACAUGCCUGACCACUGGCAGGGCAAUGCACAUAGAUAUGAGACUCGUGACCAGUUCUCCCAGCUCUUCCAGUACAAAGCAGUGUUUAUUCUAGAGGAGCUGAUAAGUCCAGUCGUGACCCCAAUCAUCCUGAUCUUCUGUCUGAGGAGGAAGUCUCUGGAGAUCAUUGAUUUCUUCAGGAACUUCACUGUGGAGGUGGUCGGGGUAGGAGACACUUGUUCCUUUGCCCAGAUGGACAUCAGGCAGCACGGACACCCUGCGUGGAUGUCAGCGGGGAAGACAGAGGCGUCUAUCUACCAACAGGCAGAGGAUGGGAAGACAGAGUUGUCUCUGAUGCACUUUGCCAUCACCAACCCCCAGUGGCAGCCUCCCCAGGAGACCACACACUUCAUCAGCCAGUUGAAAGAGCGAGUUCACAGAGAGGCUACAGGGGCAGACACACAUCCACUCUCACUGUCCGAGUCUGAGCCAAGGAGCCUCAUUGCAAACCUUUUGGUGGGUCCCUCCACACUGACCUCCAUUCACUUCGGCAGAGAUGGCUCUUUGAGCAUCUCUGCAGCAGCAGCUGGCUUAAGCGAUGGGGCAUCUGCCUUACGCUCCCUUUCCCCAAUCAGCAGUAGUCUUCACCUGAGAGGCAGCUUAAGUGCAGCUCACAGGGCUUCGGGCAACACGUCUACCAUGAGCAAAGCAAUGGCAGGCUCUGGGACGGAUGCCCGGACUGUGAGCUCAGGCAGCAGUGCAUGGGAGGGUCAACUCACCAGUUUGUUCCUGUCUGAGUACGCCUCCACUGAGAUGAGCAUCCACGCACUCUACAUGCAUGAGCUACACAAGCAGCAGUCCCGUGGCGAGCUAUCCCGUCACACGUGGCACAGGCAGGAGAGCGACGAAAGCAGUGACAGCAUCCCUGAUGAAGUGAGGAGCGAACCCAACCCACACUCCAGACAUUUCCCUCGCUCACACACUUUCCCCACCACAGUUCCCAGUCCCAGUGCCAUUCCCACGUCAGCUUCAGCCAUCGUCAGUACCACCCUGGGCCAGGAGGGGGCGUCAUCACACAGCAGCGGCCAGCGGCGUCAUAGUGGAUCCCCCACAGACUCUUUUGGCGCAGGGGGGAAAGUAGUGAGGUCAGCCCGUGGUGUGCCCAUGGGAGGGUGGGCAGAGGAGGGUCAGGCGGCACCGCGGCGCCACGACACACUACCAGAGGAGAGCUCAGAGAAUGACAUGCCUCCUUACAUACACAAGAUUACAUAACCGAGCUAUGUGAAUGAGUAUCAGCGUCCCACAACUCCACAGAUAUCCAGACACACAUCCUCGUCCCUGACCUUAACCUUUGCCCAGGACUUACCGUCUGAUCUGACGCAGAUGGAGAUGGACAUGUGCAAGAGCGGUGCACCGUGAUUCCUACAAACACUUAACAGGGGAAAUCACCUGGUCAAGUUACGACUGAUGCCACCAUCCACCGUUCAAAGAUACUAUAUGACUUACUACAUGCCUAAACAGCCAAACAGGGUAAAUAUCGGAAUUGUGGAUCAGAAGAGGACCUACAGGAUCAAGUUAUUU